AUGAGUUCAGAGGCUGAAGCUGGUGUUAAUAAGAAAACCAACGGUGUAGUCGCCGCGCAGGAUGGUGAUGUUGAUAUGAAGACACUUUUCGUCAGAUCAAUUCCUCCAAAUACGACUGAUGAAGAUUUAAGUGUGUUCUUCUCUAAUUUCGCUCCUAUCAAGCAUGCUGUUCUGGUCAAGGAUAAGAAUCAAAAAUCAAGAGGAUUUGGAUUUGUUAGUUUUGCUGUAGAAGAUGAUACUAUGGAAGCAUUGAAACAAGCCAGAAGGACGAAACUUAAUGGCCAUCAAGUGAGAGUGGAUCUUGCCAAAAGGAGACACCGUAGUGGCAAAAAUGAUGAAGGUGCACAACAUCAACAACAAGCCGCCGAAGUGCAUAUCGCUAGACAUAAUGAGGGCGACCAUGAGGACGAUGAUGAAGAUGCACUUUUGAAGGGUAAACCAAAGAUUAUAAUACGGAAUAUGCCAUGGAGCUGCCGUGAUCCUGAAAAAUUAAAAAGUAUCUUUGGUAAAUAUGGGUUAGUUGUGGAAGCUACAAUCCCAAGGAAACCUAAUGGUCAACUACGUGGAUUUGCGUUUGUUACUAUGAAAAAGAUCAGCAAUUGUAAAAAAGCCAUUGAGGAUAGCAAGAAUCUGAAAAUUGAUGGUAGACCAGUGGCGGUUGAUUUUGCAGUACAGAAGAACUUCUGGGAAGAUUUUAAGAACAAACAAGAAGAGGCAGAAGAUGAGCAAGAAAGUGAAGCUGAAUCUGAAGAAUCAGGUGAGAGUGAAUCUGAAGAACAAAAUGAAAAUAGUGAUGAUAAGUCAGAUAAUGCCGAAGUCGAAUUAUCUUCAGACGAAGAAGUCAAUGAAGAGGAAGAGGAAGAGGAAGAGGAAGAGGAAGAAGAAGCAAAAACUCCUAGAAAACCUCUGAACAGGACAGAAGAAUAUUCAGUUUUUGUUAAAAAUGUGCCCUACGAUGCAACUGAAGAAUCUCUUGCGGAACACUUUGAAAAAUUUGGUCCUGUUAAAUAUGCUUUACCAGUGAUCGACAGGGAGACCGGAUUGGCCAGAGGUACUGCUUUCAUCGCAUUCCGUAACAAACAGUCAUACGAUUAUUGUUUAAAGAAUGCUCCAGCUGCAGGUGCAACUUCUCUUUUAAUCGGUGACGAUGUGUUGCCAGAAUACGUCUAUGAAGGCCGUGUGCUAUCCAUUUUACCAACAUUGAAGAGAGAACAAGCUGAUUUUAUGGCUGAGAAGAAUGCGAACAAAAGGAAGGAAGCCUUAGGUAAAGCUCCAGGUGAAAAGGAUAGACGUAGUUUAUAUUUAUUGAAUGAAGGUAAAGUGCUAGAAGGUUCAAAGUUAGCUGCUCUCUUAAGUGAAAAGGAUAUGGAAGUUCGUAAUGCUUCUUACAAUCUCAGAGUGGAACAAUUAAAGAAGAACCCUUCAUUGCAUUUGUCCUUGACUAGAUUGGCUAUCAGAAACCUGCCACGUUCAAUGAAUGACAAAGCAUUAAAGGCUUUGGCAAGGAAGGCUGUUGUGCAAUUUGCCGCGGAAGUGAAAUCAGGUGUAAGGCAUCCAUUGAGCAAAGAAGAAAUCGUAAGAUCUACCAAGGAGAAAUAUAGACAUAUGACAGACGAAGAAAUCGAACAUCAAAAGAAGAAAGAUAAGAAACAUGGUGUUGUCAAGCAGGCUAAGGUUAUCAAUGAAGUCAAGGGAUCUUCAAAAGGAAGAAGUAGAGGUUAUGGUUUCGUGGAAUUUAAAGAUCAUAAGCAUGCUCUUAUGGGAUUAAGAUGGAUGAACGUACACCAAGUGACCAAGGGAGAAAUCUUGGAAGGUUUGAACGAAGAAGAAAGAAAAUACGCCGAUUUAGACCAGAAGGCAAGUAGACGUCUUUGCGUUGAGUUUGCCAUUGAAAAUGCAAGUGUGCUUAAGAGAAGAAGGGAACGUGUAAAGCAAGCUAGAGAGCCAUCUAACAAGAGGGACGAGAAAGGAAAUUUGAUUAAAGACACUAAUUCGAAUCAAGAUACUAGUUCAACUCAGGACACUAAAUCAUCGAACGAUGAUAAUAAAUCCAGUCAAAAACGUAACAGAACGGAUUCUGGUUUAAGUGAUGAUACGAAGAGAUUAAUCGGAAUCAAACGUAAGAAGAGGCACAACAAGAAAUAA